AUGGUUGCCAAGGAAACUACAGUUAAGGUGACGGAGGAGAACAAAGAAGGCCAGUUCAACCUGGAUGGCAUCCUGAGCGAGCUCGGCAGCUUCGGCAAGUACCAGCUGCUGCUGCUGCUGCUGCUCGCCUUCCGAGACUCCUUCCUCGCCAUGUGCAACUUCAACUACGUCUUCACCGCUGCUGAAGUCGACUUCAGGUGUCAGGUGCCGGAGUGCGAGGCAGUGGACCCUCGGUUCAACGCGUCGUGGACAUCAUACGCGCUGACGAACGAGACGAGCACGUGUCGCCGGAUGGUGCCGUACGAGGCGGCCCACAACGGCUCCGUGCUGAGCCACGAGUUCACCUACACCUGUGCGCCCAACAACUUCUCCUGGAACCGAAGCGUCUCCUGCGACAAACUUGUUUAUGAGGACUAUAACAGCAUUGUAGCUGAGUUUGACCUGGGCUGCCAACCAUGGAAGAGAACCCUGAUCGGCACUGUGCACAACCUGGGGCUCGUGUUCUCCUUCGUCAUAUCCGGACUCAUAUCAGACAAAUAUGGUCGUAAAGUGAUCAUAGUGGGAACCCCGCUAGUGGUGGGGGUGGCCGGUCUCAUAAAGUCGUUUUCCGUCAACUACUGGAUGCUGCUCGUCUUCGAGUUCCUCGAGACUGCGCUCGGAUACGGCAACGCCUCGAUGGUAUUAUCUCUAGAAACAGUAAGCCAGAAGCAGCGAGUAAUGUUCUCCUGCAUAGCUGACAUCCUAGCUAGCAUCGGCAGUGCGUCAUUCGGUCUGAUCGCGUGGAAGGUGCCUUACUGGAGACAUCUGAUGCGUGCCAUCUACGCGCCGCUACUGGUGGUGGUGUUCUACAUCUUCCUCAUCGAUGAGGGUGUGAGGUGGUUGCUAGCUCAUAAUAAGAACCACGAAGCCGUCAGGGUCCUCAACAAAGUGGCUAAGAUCAACAACAUCCAGCUAUCGAAGAAAGCACAGCAGAUGUUGACGAAGAUCGCAGGAGAUAGCAAGUCACAAGAGGCAGGAGAGUCGGCUCCACCAGAGCGGCUACACUUGCUGUCUGUGCUCCGUUCCAAGAAGAUCCUGUUGCGCGUGUUGCUGAUAGCAGGCUGCUUCUUCUGCUGCACCUUUGUGUACAACGGCACCAUCAUCAACUCCACCAGUGUCUCUGGCAACAAGUACCUCAACUUCUCCGCCCUGCUGCUCGUGCAGGUCCCUACCAGAAUUAUCACGGCACUUACGCUCACAAGGUUCGGCAGAAAGGCCCCCAUUUGUGUAGCGUAUACACUGUGCUGCAUAUUUUUCAUUUCCUCUGCUUUCAUACCUAAGUCGAUCUGGUGGGCGUCAGUGCUGUUCUACCUGUUCGGUAAGAUGUGCAGUAGUUACGGCGUGUUCUCGAUGUACGUGGUGGCCAUGGAGGUGUUCCCCACCACCUCGCGCAACUCCCUCACCAACAUCGCCAACACUGUCGGCAGGGUGGGCUCCGUGCUGGCGCCGCAAACACCGCUACUUGAGAAGUACAUGACAGGUCUACCGAGCGUGGUGUUUGGGCUGGUUGCUCUGGGUCCUGCCAUGUUGGCACUCCUGCUACCCGAUACCAGCCAGUCAGCUCUGCCAGACGAUGUCGUAGACGCUGAGAACCUGGACAAUCCUCACGAGCAUACUCCGGAGAGCGAGAACCAUGACAAAGUUCCAAGACUAUCCGUCUGCGUCACCAGCGGAAAGGAAACGCAGUGAUGUGACUGUAGGACCAUUUAAAUUGCGAAGACCAAAGAGUCAAUAUCCACGUAGUGCAGUGAUUUAGUGUUUAAGACAUUCGUGAAUCUCAACGGAGUAACACAAGGUGGUGACCUUGGCUUGCCAUAGGCCGGUUACUAGGAACAGUGAUCUGAGACAGUCGUGCUGCAAGUUGUUUAAAGACGAUGAGAUGGCGGAUUGUUGCCGCGAGUUUAUGGUGCUCUUGUGUGAUAUUGCUUAGCUAUAUUAAUUAGGUUGUAGGUUUUGUGAUACUUGGUUAAUGGUCGACACGUUGAGCAGAAGUCGAAUAAGUCAUUAUGUACUUGCUAGCUUACAAUAUAAAGUAGUAGUAGUAGCUUACAAUAUAUUCCACUUUCUCAGUUUGCGAG